UCUCCUCGAGUUGAGCACUGGUCGUCAGUUGAGCUGCUGGCGACGGCUUUCUGCAACAAGGAACUUUACGUCGGUCUAGACGUCUACGUGCCUCGGAGUCGAAGUAUGUACACGGAGACCGACUUGGCCCAGGCACUGGGCAGAAGAGUGAAUGCACAGAUUAAGACGGGACGAAUAGCUCGAAUGGUUUAUUGCCAGAAACCGCCCACGUACCCCACGACCAGAUCGACCACGGUGCCAGACUUAGACGUGAGGUGGACCGAAUUCGGCGUUCGAGCCAACCAUUUUUAUGUUCGGAACUGGGCAUUCUUUUCAGCGUAUACGACGAGUGCCGCUGACCGAGGCAGGACUCGAUUUCUCAAACUACACAUUUGCAUAGUCAUGACGACUGUAUGUGUAGGUGGGCAGUGA